UGUCUUUCUUGCUGGGUGCUGAAGGCACGCUCCGGGUGGACAAGGCUGAGGUGACUGCAGCUCCUUCUUGAGAGCUUCGGUUUCUCGUAUUUGUCUUCUCUACCUUCGCUCGUCCAGCUGUCUUUCAAUUUGCUUUGUCCCUACGUUCUCCAGAGUCACUGCUGCUUAGCUUGGCCCUAGAAAAACUGACUUUACAGAUGACAUGUUUAAGUCACGCCUGCCAAGAAGUACAAUCUGAAGGAACGUAACUCGUACAAGUUUUUAAAUGUAUUUAACCUAAAUUAUCAGAUGUCUACAGUUAUUUGUAACCCAAGGGGCUCAUGAUGCCAAAAGGGAGGGGUAAGAUGUGGGGACAUCAAACUCGCUAAGAUCCCAUUACUGUAUAAUUAUACAUGUGAAGUCAUUCACAUGCCUGCAGCCCCUAAGGGAACAAAAACCAGGGAUUUUGCCACCAUGCAGCAGAUGACCAAAUUAUUUCUCCGAGCUUUGAAGUAUAGUAUUCCUCAUCUUGGGAAAUGCAUGCAGAAACAGAAUUACUGUAACGCCGCCGCCGCCAAUCCUUAUUGCAAUAGAGUAAGAUUGAAAAAGUAUCACCUAACCAAGUGUCUGCAGAAUAAAUUCAAGAUAUCAGGAUUAGCAAGAACCAUCCCAAGUCGGAGCUUCUCAUGUAAGGGUCUUCUGCCUAUCAAGUCAGAAAGCGAAAAGUCCAUUUCUGAGAACAUGGAUGCAUUUGAAAAAGUGAGAACAAGACUAGAAACGCAGCCACAGGAAGAGUACGAGAUUGUCAACGCAGAGAUUAAACACGGCGGUUUUGUUUAUUAUCAAGAAGGUUGCUGCUUGGUUCGUUCCAAAGACGAAGAAGCCGACAGUGAUAAUUAUGAAGUUUUAUUCAACCUGGAAGAACUUAAAUUGGACCAGCCCUUCAUCGAUUGUAUCAGAGUUGCUCCUGAUGAGAAAUACGUGGCUGCCAAGAUAAGGACGGAGGGUUCUGAAACAUCCACCUGCAUAGUUGUGAGGCUCAGUGACCAGCCUGUAAUGGAAGCCUCCUUCCCAAACGUUUCCAGUUUUGAAUGGGUGAAGGAUGAAGAGGGCGAAGAUGUCUUAUUCUACACCUUCCAGAGGAACCUUCGCUGCCAGGAUGUGUAUCGAGCCACAUUUGGUGACAACAAGCGCAAUGAACGGUUCUACACAGAGAAAGACCCAAGCUAUUUUGUUUUCCUCUAUCUUACAAAAGACAGCCGUUUCCUCACACUCAAUAUUAUGAACAAGACGACGUCAGAGGUGUGGUUGAUAGAUGGCCUGAGCCCGUGGGACCCGCCAAUGCUUAUUCAGAAAAGGAUACAUGGCAUGCUUUACUACGUGGAGCACCGGGAUGACGAGUUAUACAUCCUCACCAACGUCGGGGAGCCCACGGAGUUCAAGCUGAUGCGGACAGCGGCUGAUGCCCCUGCUAUUAUGAAUUGGGAUUUAUUUUUCACAAUGAAGAGAAAUACCAAGGUUGUAGACUUGGACAUGUUUAAGGAUCACUGUGUUCUGUUCCUGAAACACAGCAAUCUCCUCUAUGUCAAUGUGAUUGGUCUGGCUGACGACUCCGUUCGCUCUCUGAAGCUCCCUCCUUGGGCCUGUGGAUUCAUAAUGGAUACGAAUUCUGACCCAAAGAACUGCCCCUUUCAGCUUUGCUCUCCAAUAAGACCCCCAAAAUACUACACAUACAAGUUUGCAGAGGGCAAACUAUUUGAGGAAACUGGUCACGAAGAUCCGAUUACAAAGACCAGCCGUGUUUUACGCAUAGAAGCCAAAAGCAAGGAUGGAAAGUUAGUGCCCAUGACAGUUUUUCACAAAACGGAUUCUGAGGACUUGCAGAGGAAGCCUCUCUUGGUGCACGUCUAUGGAGCUUACGGAAUGGAUCUGAAGAUGAAUUUCAGGCCUGAAAAGCGGAUCUUGGUGGAUGAUGGGUGGAUCUUAGCAUAUUGCCAUGUUAGGGGCGGUGGCGAGCUGGGUCUCCAGUGGCAUGCUGAUGGCCGUCUAACUAAGAAGCUCAAUGGCCUUGCUGACUUAGUGGCUUGCAUUAAGACGCUUCAUAGCCAGGGCUUCUCUCGGCCGAGCCUAACCGCGCUGAGCGCUUUCAGUGCUGGAGGUGUGCUUGUGGGAGCACUGUGUAAUUCUAAGCCACAGCUCCUGAAAGCCGUGACCCUGGAGGCACCUUUCUUGGAUGUCCUCAAUACAAUGAUGGACACCACACUUCCUCUGACACUGGAAGAGUUGGAAGAGUGGGGAAACCCUUCAUCUGAUGAGAAACACAAGAACUACAUAAAACGCUACUGUCCCUGCCAGAACAUCACACCUCAGCAUUAUCCGUCAGUUCACAUCACAGCUUAUGAAAACGAUGAGCGAGUGCCGCUGAAAGGAAUCAUAAACUACACGGAGAAACUUAAGGAGGCUGUCGCAGAGCACACCAAGGGAGCGGGUGAAGGCUAUCAGCCCCCCAACAUUAUUUUGGAUAUUCAACCUGGAGGGAAUCAUGUGAUUGAGGAUUCUCACAAAAAGAUCACAACCCAGUUGAAAUUCCUAUAUGACGAACUUGGAUUUGACAGCACUGAAGCUUUUGAGGCUCUGAAGAAAUACCUAAAAUUCUGAAAUGCUGCAUUCAGCUGGAACUGGAAACACAUGGAAAUAAUAAUUAGUCUUGUUUCCAGUUGGUUUAGCAAAAGUGAGGUUUUUUUUAAGUUAUUAUAUAAUUUUUUUAAAAGU